UCGAACAGCUACCCUAAACCUUGAACACACAUCCUCUGGUUCCUCUUCUCUUUGCAACCUCUUCGCCACUUUCUUGGUUUACUUCCUCUGUGACCUUUGGUUUUAGGUAAUAAACCAGUAGAUAACUGGCAUGGCUGGCUAUGUGGAUCCCCUGGUGGUGGGGAGGGUGAUAGGAGAUGUGGUAGACCUUUUUGUGCCCACCAUAAGCAUGAUGGUGAGGUUUGGAUUGAAGCACGUCAACAACGGUUGCGACAUCAAACCUUCCAUGGCUGCCAACCCGCCGUCGGUGCAGAUCGCAGGCAGGCAGGCCGACCUCUAUACUCUGGUAAUGACUGACCCUGAUGCACCCAGCCCAAGUGAUCCCACAAUGAGGGAGUGGCUCCACUGGAUGGUGAUUAAUAUGCCGGGUGGAACGGAUCCUUCUCGAGGCCAGGAGGCAGUCCCGUACAUGGGUCCCAGGCCACCGGUGGGGAUCCACAGGUACGUCCUGGUGCUGUUCCAGCAGAAGUCUCGCCUGCCGGGGGUGGCGCCCCCGGCGACGCGCGCCAACUUCAACACCCGGUCGUUGGCGGCCCAGUACGACCUCGGCCUCCCCGUCGCCACCGUCUACUUCAACUCGCAGAAGGAGCCAGCCGCCCGGCGCCGCUGAGCAGCUGCAGGGACUGUGGCUCCUCCAUGAUAUCGAGGCUUUUAGUCACACACACAUGCUUUGAGUUCGUCUUCCUUCUUUACUUUCAUGCUCUGCGUUUGUCUUUUUAUUUGUCACCUUAAGCUUCUUAAUUAGGUUGGUUUGUGGGACUAGUAGUUCGAUUGAUGUGUCUCAGAGUCUGAUAUAUGUUGGGGUGUUUCCGUGCUUAAUGUUGCUGAUGUAUUUACGAUUGCUAAUUAAGCCUAGUGGUUGUAAUAAUGGGAUGACGAUGAUGA